ACAGAGAAGCUGUACCCGCUGCUGCUGUGUGCCCACCCUCAGCCCACCGAACAACAAAGCCCGCAGCGGCUGCGGCACCGCGGGAACGGGCCACGGCGCGCGCCCGGGCCGAGCUCUACCUGUGUCUGGAACACGCCGUGCUCUCUGUAGCUGGCCAGCAAGGCGGGCAGGUUCCCCUACGUGAACGCGCUUUAUCUUAGCUUUCCUCUGUGGAACCGUAAUUAAAGAGUGCUUUGGACCACGCUGCGAAUCACUGAGAACGGCUGCUUGCUGCCUGCUGAUGGCUAAUGAGAGGCUGAGAGCGCUGGAGGACGUGGAGAAGGAGAUCGCGAUGGUGCUGCAGUGUGCCGGUAAUAUUGUUCUUGAACUCUCCAAAGAUAAACACAAUGCCAGCUUCCUGGACCGACAGCUCGUCCAGUUCCAGAACUCAGUCAGCCGAGUGGAGAAUGAACUGAGUGCCCAGAUCCGCUACCUUACACAGGUAGCUACAGGUCAGCCUCACGAAGGUUCUACCUAUUCAGCCAGGAAGGACUGUCAGAUGGCGCUGAACAGAGCCGAGUACGCCAAGGUCAAAUUGGGUGAACUGGGUCGCACCUGUGAGGUCAUGCUGGAGCAGCAGCAGCAGACAUGAGAGCCAGCUGGCUGCUGGGAUGGAGAUCGCUGGGCUCGCGAUGCCACACCACUUUCAGAUACCUGAUGCGAGACUCUCCAGAUUUCCCACUUGUGCCACCUGUGUUUAAGACUUUUCACAGCCCCUUCUCUCUGUUAUUCAAAUACUGGAGUGUUCCAACAGAUGUAUACAAAAACUUAAGUGUUUUUAUACCUGGGCCUGUGUGCGCCGUGUUUCUGUGUAAUUAUGUCAUCAGAUUGAGGAGCAGGUCUAAUGUAGAAACUGUUUUGAUACUUUUAAUAAAAGUCUUUUUUUUUUAAAAGGGUUCUGUUGCAGCUCAGGCAGAGAAGGUCAUCCAUUAAUCUAAAGGUCCAUGGUUCAACCUCUGACUCCUCCAGUCUGCAUGUCAAAGUGUCUGAGAAAGAUCUCAGACACCCCAGAAUACUCCCGUGUACCCAUCAGUGAUGAUGUGCUGUAUGCAUAUUAUCAGUGAUGAAAUGUAGAUUGAAAAAAGUCAAGAACUAAGAGCACCGAGUAAGAAAAUCUUUGAACCACAAAUAUCUACACUCGUUUUCUCUUUCCUUUAAACUCAACAUUUCCAAUAAUCCCUCCUGUCAUAUUCUGAGCAUGUCUUAACUUACCAUCAUGUGCUGAUUGUAAAAUUAAAAACAGGCUGAUGUUAAAGAAAAGAAAGGGGGAAAAAAUCCAGAACCUGUUCAGCCUACAUUUAUUUACCCAGCCUGCAUCUCUCCUGAAACUUUGGUAGUUUUUGUAUAAUGACAGAUGGACAUUUGCAGACCAAGACUAAUGUCGUACACAAUUUUAAAGAAAGCAAAACAGGUCCUCACUAGAUGUAACGUAUGGAUCAUUUGGCAGUGCUCCUGUAAGUUUUUCUCAUUUUUUGUGUGUGCUCUCAGUGACUGACAGGCCCCACUGAGCAAAGCUGCAGGAUUUCUUCUCUGACCUUAAACUGGAGACUGGAGGGCGCUGCCACUGCUGACCCCAGGCUGGUUUUUUUUUUUUUUUCUCACUUGAUUUUUUUUUUUUCUUCAUUUAUUCAAUAACUGUUACCUCUGAAACUUUUAGAUUUCUAAGUAAAGGAAGGCACCGCUCAGUCGCUUUACUGUCACAUCUUUCUGCCAAUCCAGUGUGAGAAGAACUUCCCAUCUUUGGUUUUAUGUGGUCAUGUAAUCCACUUGCUUCUCUUUACGACAUUCUUCCUGGAAUGAAUUUGAAGAAGUCCUGAAGGAAACACACGUUUCAAGAAAUGACCAUCCAGGACCUCGAAACAGGCCUGGAUCAGAGCCAAGGGGAAAGAAGUGUGGUGGAACGUUACUGCCAUCAGCAGUUCUCAGUCAUGUAAACCAAUUAUUUCCAAAAUGUAAAACUAUUUGUCUCACUCUUAACUCUGGAUUUAAUCGGCUUAGUGAUUCAAUAAGCUUUUGUUAUCUUCCAUUCAGCAAGUGAAACCAACGACAACAAAAUAAAGACAUUUUGUGUUUACACUUUAAUUC